UUCCUGUCCAAUCGGAGCUGACGUUGUUCCGAGGUCGUUUAUUGACUAGACAGAGAAGGUGACUUCGGGAGCAUUUCGUCCACAUCUAACCCCUUACUGGACGGGGUUUUAAUAAAUUAUCGAUCAUGUCUUCCUUUGGAAGGGCGUUCGGAGUCCUACGGGCCGGAACCGGGCUGCUAAGGCACGGCCCAGCACGAAUAACCAGCAGAAAGGCCAGCGGCGGACCGCACAUUGAGCCGCAGUACAGACAGUAUCCACAAUUAACCAAGAACCAGAAGUUCGAGUCGGAGUUGAUCAGCGGGCUUAUGUGGUUCUGGAUCCUCUGGCACCUAUGGCACGACUCAGAUGCGGUCCUGGGUCACUUCCCAUGGCCUGACGCCUCCAAGUGGACAGACGAGGAGCUCGGCAUCCCGCCAGAUGACGAGGAGUAAGAUGACAACAAAAUGAAGCAGUUUUGCUAGAAAUCCUGCAGAUGUUCUGAAGUUGUUGUACAUAUAAUAAAGUUAUCUUUAAUUGACA